GAAAAUAGAACACGAGCAGACUGAGCCACUUAAGGCUCUCGCUCCUGUGUCUUGACCUUCAAGCCUCCGGCUGCCUCUCAGCCUCCAUCGCCGGGCAUCACAGCCCAGAAGGAUCAGACGACGAGUCGCGACAUUUGAACCCUAUCCUCGUGAGUGAAACCUACCCUUGCGACUCGCGACACCCGAAGCUCCCUCCUGGUCUCCAUCGCCUGAGAUUGCAGCGGUGCAGCCUCCAUCGCCGGACAUCGCUUAGUGGGAGGCUCAAAUUCUCGAAUCCUAUUUAAUCCGAUUGCAAUUUCUUGAAUAUCAAAGAUGGAUCUAGGGAGGCAGGUUUUUUCAGUAGAUAUUCUUGAAAGAUAUGCAGCAAAGGGGCGUGGUGUUAUUUCCUGCAUGGCAGCUGGAAAUGAUGUCAUUGUAUUAGGAACUAGCAAAGGUUGGGUUAUAAGGCAUGACUUUGGAGUUGGAGAUUCUUAUGAUAUUGAUCUGUCUGUGGGGCGAACUGGAGAACAAUCAAUCCACAGAGUUUUUGUUGAUCCCGGAGGGAGUCAUUGUAUUGCCACUGUGCUUGGUAAUGGAGGUGCUGAGACCUAUUAUACUCAUGCCAAGUGGAGCAAGCCCCGUGUUUUAAACAAAUUGAAAGGUCUUGUGGUCAAUGCUGUUGCUUGGAAUAGACAACAGAUUACAGAAGUUUCUACAAGGGAAAUCAUUCUUGGUACAGACAAUGGACAGCUUCAUGAGAUGGCUGUGGAUGAGAAGGAUAAAAAGGAGAAGUACAUAAAAUUUCUAUUUGAAUUAACAGAACUUCCAGAGGCUUUUAUGGGUUUGCAGAUGGAAACGGCAAGUGUAAGCAAUGGGACUAGGUAUUAUGUGAUGGCUGUUACUCCUACACGACUCUAUUCUUUUACUGGAAUUGGAUUACUUGAGACUGUUUUUGCUAGUUACUUAGAUCGGGCCGUGCGUUUUAUGGAACUUCCAGGUGAAAUACCGAACAGUGAACUGCAUUUCUUUAUCAAGCAAAGAAGGGCUGUACAUUUCGCAUGGCUUUCUGGUGCAGGUAUCUAUCAUGGCGGCCUAAAUUUUGGAGCACAGCAUAGUUCAUUGGAAGGAGAUGAAAACUUUGUGGAGAACAAAGCUCUUUUGGACUACUCUAAAAUAUGUGAAGGUGCUCAGGCAACGAAACCCAGUUCUUUGGCAGUUUCUGAAUUUCAUUUUCUGCUUCUUAUUGGGAAUAAGGUUAAGGUUGUGAAUAGAAUUAGUGAGCAGAUUAUAGAGGAACUUCAGUUUGAUCAAACAUCAGAUUCAGCAUCUAGGGGUAUCAUUGGGUUAUGCAGUGACGCUUCUGCUGGAUUAUUCUAUGCAUAUGACCAGAACUCCAUCUUUCAGGUAUCUGUUAACGAUGAAGGCCGGGAUAUGUGGAAGGUCUACCUUGACAUGGAUGAGUAUGCUGCAGCUUUGGCAAAUUGUCGUGACCCACUGCAGAGAGAUCAAGUAUAUCUAGUGCAGGCUGAAGCUGCUUUUGCCUCCAAGAAUUUCCUUAGAGCAGCAUCUUUCUAUGCUAAGAUUAAUUACAUAUUGUCAUUUGAAGAGAUUACUUUGAAGUUUAUCGGUGUCAAUGAGCAGGAUGCUUUAAGAACUUUCCUGUUGCGGAAGCUUGAUAAUCUUUCAAAGGAUGAUAAAUGCCAAAUAACAAUGAUUUCCACAUGGGCAACUGAAUUGUACUUGGACAAGAUCAAUCGACUACUCUUGGAAGAUGACAGUGCUUCUGAGAAUCAUAAUUCAGAGUACCAGUCUAUAAUUAAGGAAUUUCGUGCUUUUCUGAGUGAUUGCAAGAAUGUGUUGGAUGAGGCAACUACAAUGAGACUAUUGAAAAGUUAUGGCAGGGUUGAUGAAUUGGUAUAUUUUGCCAGUCUCAAGGAACAGUAUGAGAUUGUGGUUCACCAUUAUAUUCAGCAAGGAGAAGCAAAGAAAGCAUUGGAAGUGCUCCAAAAACCGGCUGUUCCUAUAGAUCUCCAGUACAAAUUUGCCCCAGAUCUGAUCAUGCUUGAUGCUUAUGAAACUGUGGAGUCUUGGAUGACCAGGAAGAAUCUGAACCCAAGGAAACUGAUUCCGGCAAUGAUGCGUUAUUCAAGUGAACCUCAUGCCAAGAAUGAAACACAUGAAGUUAUCAAAUAUUUGGAAUUUUGUGUUCAUCGUUUGCUUAAUGAGGAUCCUGGUGUUCACAACCUGUUGCUUUCCUUGUAUGCCAAGCAGGAGGAUGAUAGCACACUUUUACGCUUCCUUCAAUGCAAGUUUGGCAAAGGACGAGUGAAUGGCCCUGAGUUCUUCUAUGACCCUAAAUAUGCACUGCGCCUUUGCCUCAAGGAAAAGCGGAUACGUGCCUGUGUCCAUAUAUACAGUAUGAUGUCUAUGCAUGAAGAAGCAGUUGCUCUUGCUUUGCAGGUUGACCCAGAGCUUGCUAUGGCUGAAGCUGACAAGGUUGAAGACGAUGAAGACUUGAGGAAGAAACUUUGGCUUAUGGUUGCUAAGCAUGUAAUUGAACAGGAAAAGGGAACUAAAAGGGAGAACAUACGGAAGGCAAUAGCAUUUCUCAAGGAAACUGAUGGCCUUUUAAAGAUCGAGGAUAUUUUACCAUUCUUUCCUGAUUUUGCCUUGAUUGAUGAUUUCAAGGAGGCAAUUUGCUCAUCGCUAGAGGAUUACAACAAGCAAAUUGAACAACUGAAACAAGAGAUGAAUGAUGCCACACAUGGUGCUGACAACAUUAGGAAUGAUAUUAGUGCACUUGCUCAAAGAUAUGCUGUCAUUGACCGCGAGGAGGAAUGUGGGGUCUGUCGGCGGAAAGUCUUAUCUGUGGGUAUGGAACAUAGAAUGGCUAGAGGUUAUACAUCAGUAGGGCCAAUGGCUCCCUUCUACGUCUUUCCUUGUGGACAUGCCUUUCAUGCACAAUGUCUGAUUGCCCAUGUGACACGCUGCACUGACCAACCUCGAGCAGAAUAUAUACUUGACCUGCAUAAGCAACUUACGUUGCUAGGCAGUGAGGCAAAGAGGGAAUUAAAUGGUAGCGUGACUGAGGAGGAAUCCAUAACUAGCAUGACCCCCUUGGAUAAGAUACGGUCACAAUUGGAUGAUGCCAUAGCUGGGGAGUGCCCAUUUUGUGGUGACUUGAUGAUCCGUGAGAUCUCCUUACCUUUUAUCCUCCCUGAGGAAGCACAUCAGGUUACUUCAUGGGAUAUAAAACCACAUGACCUUGGAAGCCAAAAGAGCCACUCCUUAACCGUAUGAUCCGGCUUUGUACUGUACACCCUUACCCUGGCCGGUGUGGAUGAGUAAAUUUUAAGGUACAUGAAGAAAGGGGUUUCUUCUUUGUUGUCUAGUUCACACUUUUUUUUUUUUUGGUUCUCUGUGUUUUAAUAGUGUGGGGAAAUGAUGUGCAUCAUCACAUAUAGUUGUGUAAUGCCUUCUUAGUUUUGUGUGUAUGUAUUUGUACAUGUGUUUUUUUUUUUUUUGUUUUUUCAGCUUCAUGUACCUGUGUAUGCUCAGAACUGGUAGAAGUGUUUAGUCUUGAUGUGUGAUACUGUUCAUUUUGCUUGAGAUUCCAUGAUUAAAUGAAAUGGCUACGUUGAGAAAA